CGCGUCGAGUCGCUCUCCAAGUCAUUCGGCCAGGUCGAGGCACUCGACAACGUGACGAUCGACUUCAGUCUCGCCAAGUUCAACGUGUUGCUUGGGCUUUCAGGAUCGGGCAAGUCGACCCUCCUACGGCACAUGAAUGGCCUCUACACUCCCACGAGCGGCAAGGCCGUCACCCUCGGAGUCGACGUCUCGAAUGCCUCUGGGGAUGCACUGCGCUCG